UUUCUUUGAUUUUCUUAUCAAAACUGGUUUUUUCUUUGAUUUCCGUGGAUUGUCGGGCUGUUGGAUUCCUUCUGGUCGGUAAAUUUUUCAUGGCAUCAGCAUUAACUGUUCUGGGUCUGCCAUUUGUUUUUAAAUGUGGUUUCUUAGGCCGUCUCUUGUUUGGGAUUUUUUGUUGACCAUUUCUCCCUUGAGCUAUGCCCCUGUCUCUGUCAUGGUCUUUGAUUUGGUUUUCUCGUCUCAUCUCUAUGUGCUUGAUUUUUAUUAUUUAUAAUGGAUUCUUGUUUCAACCGAGCAGUUCCCUUCUUUAAUUAGCCGUCGUGUUGGUUGAGCUUGGAGUGAUUUAUAGCUUUUGUGAUUGUCGUAGCCAUCGGUCUGGAAAUAUCUUUAUUUGAUCUGUGAAUCAGUUGUCUAUGGUUGUGUAUAUUCUCACAUGAGAAUGAAUUCUUGUGCGGAUUGGAGAUCAGAUGAGGAAUUCUCCUGCUGCGGCCUGAUCAGUGAAAGAAGGUUCAUGGGCGCAUCUCCUGGUAACGUGGAAGCCCGGCACCGGUCGGCUGGAACCAAUGAUGAUGCAAGCAAAAGAAAAACACGACGAAGCAGAGUUUUUAAAGAAGUAGACAAGUUCAGCAUCCUUAUUUCGGAAAGGAGUUCAAGCUGCAAGUUUCAUUCUUUGAAACUUGUGUUGGUUAUCAUUAUAUGCGGCACAAUUUUAACACUUCUGUACUCUCCAGCUGUCCAUAAUGAGCAUCCCCUGCAGUCUGUUUCUCGGCCUGGCCUUGUAGAUCUUGGGUGGUUAUGGGACAGAACCAUUUCAGAUUCCCGAUACAUAUCACAUUCGGAUGUUGAUUGGGUGCAAAUAUCAUUAAUUAUAGAACAAGUGGGUCACAUGAAAGGAAAUCUCAAAAUUGGCUUACUGAAUUUCAACACUACGGAGAUCAGCUACUGGCAGCAGAUUUUACCAUGGGCAAAAACUUCUGUUGUACAUCUAGAUUAUGCCAACAGCAAUCUUACUUGGGAGGUUCUAUAUCCUGAAUGGAUUGAUGAGGAAGAAGAAUAUAAUGUGCCUGUUUGUCCUCCUCUUCCUGCACCGGAAGUUCCUAGAGGGUCAAAGUUUGACCUUGUUGCAGUUAAGCUUCCUUGUAGUAGGUCAGGAGGAUGGUCAAGAGACGUUGCAAGGUUGCAUUUGCAGAUUGCUGCAGCAAAACUUGCUUCCACUUCUGCCGAACGCCAGCCUCGGGUUCAUGUUCUUUUUGUAACUGAUUGCUUCCCAAUUCCUAAUCUCUUCACUUGCAAGGACCUUGUUAAACGGGAAGGAAAUCUUUGGCUGUACAGGCCUAACUUAAAAACCUUAAAGGAAAAGCUUCGGCUUCCUGUUGGAUCAUGUGAACUUGCUCUCCCGCUCAAAGCAAAAGUGCGGCCAUACUCAAAGACUGGACAUCGAGAAGCAUAUGCUACAAUACUUCACUCUGCACAUGUAUAUGUCUGUGGUGCAAUUACUGCAGCACAAAGCAUCCGUUUGGCAGGAUCGACGAGGGACCUUGUAAUACUAGUUGAUGAAACAAUAAGUGAACAUCACCGAAGUGGCCUUGAAGCUGCAGGGUGGAAGGUUAGGACGAUCCAAAGGAUCCGCAACCCAAAGGCUGAGCGUGAUGCCUACAAUGAAUGGAACUACAGCAAGUUCCGGCUCUGGCAGCUCACGGACUAUGACAAGAUCAUAUUCAUUGAUGCUGACCUGCUUAUCCUAAGAAACAUUGAUUUCCUAUUCACGAUGCCAGAAAUAACUGCUACGGGAAACAAUGCAACCCUAUUCAACUCAGGUGUGAUGGUCGUUGAGCCUUCAAACUGCACAUUCCAGUUGUUAAUGGAACACAUUAAUGAGAUAGAAUCUUACAAUGGUGGGGACCAGGGGUACUUGAAUGAGAUCUUUACAUGGUGGCACCGUAUUCCGAAGCACAUUAACUUCUUGAAGCACUUUUGGGAGGGUGAUGAAGAGAGCAUGAAAGUUAAAAAGACGCAGUUGUUCGCGGCUGACCCACCAGUUCUCUAUGUUCUUCACUACUUGGGGCUGAAGCCAUGGCUAUGCUUCCGUGAUUAUGAUUGCAACUGGAAUGAAGGCAUACUUCAGGAGUUUGCAAGUGAUGUAGCACAUGCAAGGUGGUGGAAAGUGCACGACACAAUGCCAGAAAACCUGCAGCACUUCUGUCUUCUUAAGUCAAAGCAGAAAGCUGCCUUGGAAUGGGACCGGAGGCAGGCUAGGAAGGCAAACUUUCCUGAUGGACACUGGAAGCGGAACAUAACUGAUCCAAGACUACAUAUCUGCUUUGAGGAGUUCUGCUUUUGGGAAAGCAUGCUGUGGCAUUGGGGCGAGACAAAUUUGACAAAUGACAGCCCUGUCCGAGCAACUCCCACUGUAGCUCUACCUAGUUUAUAAUCUGUACUCUCUCCUCACUCCUGCUUUCUGUUUCUUUCUCCAUCUUCUCAUUUUACAGUUUUCAUAGUUAGAUUGGUAUUCGCCUGAUUCCAACCUGUCUCUAGAUCUUCACCUUAUGACACCUUUCAUAGACAUCCUUCCACCGGCUUUUAAAGUGUGAAGCUGGCCAUGUCUGGGCUUAGGUACAUGCUUUGUUCCUGGGUGUCAUAGGUUUCAACUGUUCCAUUGUAUCAAUGGCUGGAAUUUUUUUUUUGGUGGAUAAUACAUAUGCUUUACUGAUUUUUUCAACAA